AUGUCGAUGUACCAAGACUGGGCGGCGAAGUAUGAUAUCUUCCCUUCUUCCAACUCCAGUAGCUCUGCAGCUAGCACAACGCAGAGGUCUCAGCUGCAGUCUGGGCACGAGACAAAUAUCAACUUCUUACGAAAGCUAGGCUAUGAAGCCUACACAAUCGGAUGGACCGCCAUACUAAAAGCCGAGCUCGAGGCGUCGAGAUUAUUGUUGGAUGAGGAGCACGAAUUGCUACCUCCUGGGGAGAAAGAUGGUAAUCAUUACAUUCUCGGUCGGAUGGGAUUGCACAAUAUCGUCAUCGCUUUUCCUGGGCCGCAUGCGGAUGCUUCCGCAGCGGAGUUGAUGGAGAAUAUGCUUCAAACGUUUCGAAAUAUUCGAUUUGGAUUGCUAGUGGGAGUGGGCGGUGCUGCUCCAGGUUUGCCGAAUCUGGGGGAUCCAAGCAAAGAUAUUCGACUGGGUGAUGUCGUGGUUAGUGAUCCUAGUGGUGCUCAUGGCGGUCUUCUUCAAUACGACCUGGACGACUGGAGAGCUAAUGGAGAGUUUCAUAUUAAGUCAAUCCUCAACAAGCCCCCUAGGUUGUUAGUGAAGUCAGUUCGGCUUCUAAGGUCAGACCAAAGUUUUGGAAGAGGGGAGAUGGGCCGAUACAUCCAAAGGGCCAUUGCAAUAAAAAAGGCCAUAGGACAGUCUCUUAUCGGUGAUUGCCAAUAUCCUGGACAAGACCAGGAUAGGCUAUUCGAGGCGGGCUAUCGGCAUGUUGGAGGAGACGACUGUUCAAAGUGUAAUGCCAAAAUGGUUGAACGACGUCUUCAAAGGGGUACGAAAGAGCCUGAAGUACAUUACAAACUGAUUGCCUCUGCGAAGAAAGACUUGAGACGAGCCGAAGUUCGCGAUAAGUUACACGAUGUGUGGGAUGUCGCCUGUUUCGAAUCAGAGGCAGCUGGGUUUAGAGAUGACUUCCCAUGUUUGGUGAUUCGGGGUAUUUGCGACUAUUCCGACGACCAUAAGAAUGAAGGUUGGCAGUCAUACGCAGCGGUUGUGGCGGCAGCAUACACAAAAGAUCUCUUGAGGGUAGUGAGGCCGAACGAUGUUGUGGCCCUUCCUACGGCUGUAGAUAUCCUCAACGCUCCUCCAAAACCAACUUUGGAGGGCCGAAUCGCGGAAUUAGAGCAGCAGGUGAAGAAGCUUCAAUCGGAACUAUCAGACUUAGCCAAUCGACCAACCCCGGAGUUGCCAAAAGAGGCUCAUUUUGAAUCCGGGGCCUGGACGUCCCCUUACCUCCCUUCAAGAGAUAUAGAACAGCGCAUCACGUUUUCAAAAAGCUAUAUAUCGGUUCCAAGGGUAACGGCAAGUAUUUCUGCAGCAGAUAUGGAUAGGCAUACCAACUUUCGGCUGAAUGUUUCAGUGAAAUCUGUCGAUUUGGAAGGGUGUACUCUGAGGUUGUAUACUUGGGGCGAUACCAAGGUUUACAGUGCUGUGGUGCAAUGGGCAGCUUUCGGGAACUGA